CAAAAAGACACAGGUUCCGGCUCUCCUUUGAGCAAUCUGAAUUUUAUGUGUUGUCAAAGAUGCUCUCUCUUCAUUGGCUUUUUUCGUUCCAGACUCGGGAUCACGCAGGUCUCGAAACGACACACAUUCGAAAGAGGAUCUGCUCUGAAGUUAAGCGACAAAGCUAGCCCUUUUCAAGGCCCACCCACUUGUGGACGUUUUCUAAGUGUUUUUAGUUCUGGACUUGGUGCUUAGUUCACAUGUGGUAGGAUAACGAAAACGAAACCAAAGGCCAUCAGUGCCAUCCCUGACAGUACGGUGGUCAGCGGAUCAACGGAGAUGUCGUCUUCUACUGCCUUUCCCUCGCAGCAGGAAAUGGCGCGCGUCACAUUUGAAAUUGAGAAUGCCAUGGUCGAACAGGAAUGGGAGUUUAACGAGGCGGAGUCAGACCGUUUGUACGACGACGCGCCCUGGAAAAGAGACCCGCACUUCUUCAAGAAAGUGCACAUAUCUGCGAUCGCUCUACUAAAGAUGGUGCUACACGCGCGGAGCGGAGGCUCCCUCGAAAUUAUGGGACUGAUGCAAGGCAAGGCCACGGCUAGCGGAAAGUUCAUCGUUCUAGACGCGUUCCCGUUGCCUGUGGAAGGAACCGAGACUCGUGUAAACGCGGGCGCAGGUAAGAGCAAUAAAAUGAACCGGAAUUCUGUUCGUAUCUGGUAAACGAAAGCACUUCUCGCAAGCGCUCGUGCGAGAUACUCACUCAUCGGAAGCGGAUCGCGCAAGCUCUACAGUUCGUAGCAUAUCGGAGCAACUUGGUGGCGCGCAACCGGCCGCUGAGUGUGCGUGGGCUCCAGAAAGAUGAUCCCAGAAGAAUUGCGCGACUUUCAUCAGAAGUAGCAAAAGCCGCAAAAUUGAAGCGGCAAGAGGGUAAAAAGCCGCACUUUUGCGGCUCCGCCCGCUUAGAUUCUGAAAAAGGGAGGCGGUGUUUUGGGCUACGGCCAAAGGCGCGGAGUCUGCGAUCGCGGCGAGCCCCGGCUGCUUAGGAACUGAAAGAAAAAAACGAAACAAUCGCAGACCUUCGCGCAGCUUGAUUUUCCCAAAGCAAAAGCUCUCUGCGGCCCGUCGGCCGCGUGGAAUGGGAAAGUGAAAUGCUGACCCUGCGCAAAAAAUUGUCGUUCAAAAGUGGCGCUCGGAAUUUUCCGGGGGCCCGCGCCCUCGAGAUGAAACAAAAGAGUAAUCCUCUUAGCCUGCCGAAGUAUUUUUGCGAUCUCUCGGAGGUUCAGAAAUUGCGAUAUUUAUCGUAAGAGAAGUGCUCGGUUUGGGCGGCUCACAAGACGGCCAGAGAUCCCUGAAAGUUUGCCUGUGUCGCGACGUAGCUAGCUCUCGCCAGUCCGCCCGCCCUUGGGUGUAUCUAUUGGUAGUGCGAGACGGGGGCGGUUCGCGCGUGCUGACGAGAAGGACCGCGGUGAAUUAAUGCGGCCCAUCGUAAAACCAGAGGGCCAAGCGGUGUGCGGCAGCCUUCGCAGUGACGGGAUGAUGGGCAGAGGGGCCGCAGGCCUUUGCUUCGCCGGUUUUGAUGUUGUAAGACAGCUCUAUGCAGCAUUUAGCUUAGCAGGUGAGAAGGAUUCUUCUCCUCUUUUUGUUUUAAGUAUAGUAGUAGCCCAAAUAAAACUUGAAACUUAUCUGCAGCGGCAAACGAGUUUAUGUGCACGUUCAAGGAGCUGGGAGAGCAAGUCGGGAAGAAAGAGACCAUAAUGGGUUGGUAUCAUAGCCAUCCAGGCUACCGCCCUUGGCUGUCCGGAAUCGACGUGAGCACGCAGCGGCUUUACCAAGCCCACCAGGAGCCAUUUCUCGCCGUUGUCAUCGACCCGUUUCGCACGUGCACCGCAGGCAAGGUUGACAUCGGUGCGUUCCGUACGCUGCCACCGAUUUCCAACGACGGGCGUGGCCCGGCCGCGGGUCAUGGCAAAAGCCGGACCGUCGGUGGUGGACCACCGGUGGUGCGAACCAAUCUACCGGUUGACAAAGUGCAGGACUUUGGCGUGCACGCCGAUGAGUACUAUGCCAUUCCGAUCACUUACUUUAAAAGCCGGCGCGACGCUGGUGUUUUACGAUCACUGUGGGCUCGGUACUGGCAAGACACCUUGACCACUUCUGCGAUCCUGAAUAAUCACGAGCAGACCACGGCGGCCAUAGAAAACGUGUCGCACAAAAUAUCCAUGUGUCCCCACUGCCGACAAGAGGCCAACUGGCAAGAUCCCGGCACAGCCGGAGACGGGGGCAACGAUGGCAGUAGUAUUGAGUUGCUUUUUGGUUUACGUUUACUAGACUACGGGUGUAGUGUUUUAAAGAUCGCGCCAGAGGGCAGUGCUUGUUUUGCCACGUCUUUCGUGCCGAGUGCUAUGGAGUUCCAUGCGACUUUUGACCGCAACAGGCGGCCCCGGCGGUGGGACAGAUGCGGGACUGGAUGCGAUUGCUGACGACGCCACCUGCAUUGGAGUCGAGCUGCUGCAGGGCAUGCUCACUGAAACAACAAAAGGAUCACUCUUUAGACAGAUAUGGUAGAGGAGUGCGUUUUAUUUUCUGGCGCGUUAUUGUAGCUCUGGAGAGCCAGUCCUUUUUUCCAUCACAGAGGUAUCAGCAUGGAUCUGUGUGUUAUGGAUCUUGGAAGAAAGAUGAUGGGCUUGGUGCGCCUUGGUGCCUUGUUGCCCCGCCGACAGAAAGAAGGUCCACGUCUGGCGACGGGUUUGUUAGAUGUUGUUUGCUUUCAAGCUGCGCCAAGGGAGAAUAAUUUGUCCGAUGGAUAACAUUCCACUAAUUUAUUGUUUUGUGGUGG